CUGGCGACCUUCUUUAUUAAUGACUGCGGCAAAGAGCCCCUGGGCCGGCGAGGGGGCGCGGGCGGGCGGGGGCGCGCCGGGGCUGCAACUUGCCCCGCGGGCUCCGGCCGGUCGGAGGGGCUGCGGCUGGAGCAGGGUGCGGGGGGAGGUCGAGCGGCCGGGGGCGGGGGCUCGCAGAACCCGGAGCUAUCAGCCUUCCCGUCGCCCCGAGUUUCAUUUUGUUGAUACGCAGCACGUCCGGGCGCCGAACCGGGCUGAGCCGGUGCACAUGACCCCGCGCUGGGCUCACGUGCAGCGGGUCCGGUCCCAGACACCUUCCGGGGGCCAUCGCCUCCGCUCUGCGCCCCCUCUCUGGGCUGGGUGCACGCGGGCGCUGCACGCGGGGGCAGCAUGCUCGGCUCCUGGGCUCAGAGGCUCUGCACAAAUUAGGCAGUUUUUGUGGAGGGGCGGGGGACACCUUUUCCAGAUGGAAGAGAAGAGGCGAAAAUACUCCAUCAGCAGCGACAACUCCGACACCAGUGACAGUCACGCCACUUCUACGCCAGCGUCAAGAUGUUCCAAACUGCCCAGCAGCACCAAGGCGGGCUGGCCCCGGCAGAAAGAAAAGAAGCCCUCAGAGGUUUUCCGGACGGACUUGAUCACAGCCAUGAAGAUUCCAGAUUCCUACCAGCUCAGCCCGGAUGACUAUUACAUCCUGGCAGAUCCGUGGCGACAGGAGUGGGAGAAAGGCGUGCAGGUACCCGCCGGCGCGGAGGCCAUCCCAGAGCCCGUGGUGAGGAUCCUCCCACCACUGGAAGGCCCCCCUGUGCAGGCGUCCCCUAACGACCCUGCACUUGGCGAUGGGUCCCAGCCCUCUUGGCCCGGGGGCAGCCGCUAUGACCUGGAUGAGAUUGACGCCUACUGGCUGGAGCUCAUCAACUCAGAGCUCAAGGAGAUGGAGAAGCCCGGGCUGGACGAACUGACGCUAGAGCGUGUGCUGGAGGAGCUGGAGACUCUGUGCCACCAGAACAUGGCACGGGCCAUCGAGACGCAGGAGGGGCUUGGCAUCGAGUAUGACGAGGACGUUGUCUGUGACGUGUGCCGCUCCCCUGAGGGUGAGGACGGCAACGAGAUGGUCUUCUGCGACAAGUGCAACGUCUGUGUGCACCAGGCAUGCUACGGGAUCCUUAAGGUGCCCACGGGCAGCUGGCUGUGCCGGACAUGCGCCCUGGGAGUCCAGCCAAAGUGCCUGCUCUGCCCCAAGCGAGGAGGAGCCUUGAAGCCCACCAGAAGCGGGACGAAGUGGGUGCAUGUCAGCUGUGCCCUCUGGAUCCCUGAGGUCAGCAUCGGCUGCCCCGAGAAGAUGGAGCCCAUCACUAAGAUCUCGAAUAUUCCAGCCAGCCGCUGGGCUCUGUCCUGCAGCCUGUGCAAGGAGUGUACGGGCACCUGCAUCCAGUGCUCGAUGCCUUCCUGUGUCACGGCAUUCCACGUCACCUGCGCCUUUGACCACGGCCUGGAGAUGCGGACUAUAUUAGCAGACAACGACGAGGUCAAGUUCAAGUCCUUCUGCCAGGAGCACAGCGACGGGGGCCCACGGAGCCAGCAGACCUCCGAGCCCGUGGAGUCCAGCCAGGCUUGCGAGGACCUGGAAAAGGUGACCCUGCGCAAACAGCGGCUGCAGCAGCUGGAAGAGGACUUCUACGAGCUGGUGGAGCCCGCCGAGGUGGCCGAGCGGCUGGACCUGGCUGAGGCGCUGGUUGACUUCAUCUACCAGUACUGGAAGCUGAAGAGGAAAGCCAACGGCAAUCAGCCGCUGCUGACGCCCAAGACUGAUGAGGUGGACAACCUUGCCCAGCAGGAGCAGGACGUCCUCUACCGCCGCCUGAAGCUCUUCACGCACCUGCGGCAGGACCUGGAGAGGGUUAGAAACCUGUGCUACAUGGUGACCCGGCGCGAGAGAACGAAGCAUGCCAUCUGCAAGCUCCAGGAGCAGAUAUUCCACCUGCAGAUGAAGCUUAUUGAACAGGAUCUCUGUCGAGAGCAAGCUGGGAAGAGAGCAAAGGGCAAGAAGAGCGACUCCAAGAGGAAAGGCCGCGAGGCGCCCAAGGGCAGCAGCCCGGAGAAGAAGGAGAAAGUGAAGGCCGGGCCGGACUCUGUCCUGGGGCAGCUGGGCCUGUCCACCUCGUUCCCCAUCGACGGCACCUUCUUCAACAGCUGGCUGGCGCAGUCGGUGCAGAUCACGGCAGAGGACAUGGCCAUGAGCGAGUGGUCCCUGAACAGCGGGCACCGCGAGGACCCUGCCCCGGGGCUGCUGUCAGAGGAGCUGCUGCAGGACGAGGAGACGCUGCUCAGCUUCAUGCGGGACCCCUCGCUGCGACCCGGCGACCCUGCCAGGAAGGCCCGCGGCCGCACCCGCCUGCCUGCCAAGAAGAAACCCCCCCCACCACAGGACGGACCUGGCUCACGGACGACUCCAGAAAAGCCCCCCAAGAAGCCCUGGGGCCAGGAUGCAGGCAGCGGCAGGGGGGGGCAAGGGCCCCCGGCCAGGAAGCCGCCGCGGCGGACGUCUUCUCACUUGCCGUCCAGCCCUACAGCUGGGGACUGUCCCGUACCAGCAGCCCCGGACAGCCCCCCGCCACUGGCCCCCGAGCCCCCGGACGAGGCAGCCCCAGCAGCUGCUGACUUGAAUGUCCAAGUGCCUGGCCCUGUGGUGAGCCCCAAACCCUUGGGCCAGCUCCGGCCACCCCGUGAGAGCAAGGUUACCCGGCGAUCUCCGGGUACCGCGCCCGACGCCGGGACAGGACCGCCUUCUGCUGUGGCCGAGAGGCCAAAGGUCAGCUUACACUUUGACACGGAGGCCGAUGGCUACUUCUCUGAUGGGGAGAUGAGCGACUCGGAUGUAGAGGCAGAGGACAGCGGGGUGCAGCGGGGUUCCCGGGAGGCGGGGGCUGAGGAGGUGGUCCGUAUGGGGGUAUUAGCCUCCUAACUCGCCCCUACCCCUGUCCCGGGCCCUGCCCUGGUCCCCUACAAGGCCUCAGCCCACUCACAACUGCCAUUUCCAAUCUCUGCUGAGUGUCCCGGACCCUUGAGGCUACCACUCUGUCGUGGUUUUAUUUUUAAUAGAGAGUUCUGAAUUCCACACUGUUGUCUUUCCUCUGUGCUGGCCUAGGACGUUAGGAUUCCUUCCACGGCUCUGGCCUCGGGGACCGUACCUGGUCCUGCGUGCCACCCGUCACGACCCACACGGCAUUGCUGGGCUUCUGGCUAGAUGUAGGCAAGGUGAAGAAGAGCUCAGGACUCCCGCCCGCUGCCGCUGGGUGACACGGACUGUUGUUUGGGCAUUAUUUCCUGGCAGACGGGCCGGCCCGGGGCCUGUCCCACCUUGUCCCCUAUCACACUAGAGCCCGCUGGAGGCUGGGGGUCCUGCUGCACUCCACUGAUCCCCAAGGAAGGAUAACGAGUGACACCCAGCCAGAGUCUACUCACUGUCACAAGCACAACGAGUUUCUAUGAGAAAGCACUGAGGGGUGCAGGGCGCCCGCUGGUUCCUGACCAACCUGCAUCAUCUGAGGCCUGCCCCGCCCCGUCACCUCCCCUCCCUUGCUGCUCUACCCCUGUCAGCGCUCAGCCCAGCGGCUCUGGGAAGGGGUUCCCAGAAUCCUUCCUGAGCUGUGCCAUUUACUCAGGGGAUCCCACACAGCCAGCCACCCAUGCAGGUGGAGGACUCCCAAGGGAGGGCCAGUGCCCAGCCGGGGGCCUGAGGCCCAGCCCAGCCCCUGCUGAGAAUCGCUCUGGGGCUCCAACUUCCUUCCUUCCUUCCUUCCUUCCUUCCUUCCUUGGGACCAGUGUUGGCUGAAGUCUGGUCACUCCCACACAGAACUGGCCUGGCCAGACCAGACCGUUUGCCUUUUCAAGUUCCUAGUCCUGCUAAGAGAUGAGCUUCCUUGGUUUCCUUCCGGAAACACCUCCCUUCCAACACGCAGUGGGAUCCCGGGGCCCAGGGCGGGCCCACAGCCUGCCAGGGUGAAGUCUUGCUGGAUGGUCCUGUGUCCCUUUGUCCCUUAGAGCCUUAACCCCCUCCCCCAGGCAUGUCCUCUUUCCCUCCCCACCCCGCCUCCAGGUCCUAGGUAAUCGCUCUGAAGAGUUUCAGUGAGGUGGCCCCAGGGUGAUAGCUCAGGGAACAAACAAAAAAGGAAUUCCGUGAAAACGUUGGGGGUUUUUGGUUGGUUUUUGUUUUCGUUUUUGUUUUUCUUGUACGAAUUACUUCUGGGUCACUUCCACCACUGGUAAAGCCAGAACUUCUCCAGCAAGAACCUUGCAAAAAGUCCAGUGAAUCAGUCGAAUCAUUCUGUGGAUGCCAAAGAAUACUUUGACCCUAAUACAGCACAGCCUGGACCUGACAACUUGUCACUUGGACUUUUUUUUUAAUGGAGUUCCUUAGCAACAAAGUACAGAAACACGUUCAUUGCGCACACUCGCAGAGAAGAACCCCAGGUCUUGGAGGAGGAGGAGGAGGAGGCUUCGCCGCCGCCGCCGCUGCUGCUGCUGCUGUUGCUCGAUUCCCAGGGCUUGGGCUCCAGGCCCUGGGCUGGGCCACUGUGAGCAAUCCUGUCACUCGGACACCCGACUGUGAAACCAGCGUGGAAAGCGUCUUUCCCAUGUGGCUGCCCGACCCUGUGCAAAUACACCACGAACAAAUAAGCCAGAUGGAGCAGCUUGACCUUCACCCACCCCAACUCCAAAACUUAGCAAGGUACGACGGUGGUGUCGUCAUCCACGGUUGUCGUUGGUUUUGUGCGAAUUUUAGCAAAACUAGAAACAAGGACAGUGACAAGUUUCAAAGGACUGGACAAAUGUGUCUGAUCCUAGUGGACUCCAAGGGAGUCGGGUGCCCCGAGGAUCCUGGGCGUGGGGAUGGCAUGAGCUACCACUAGACUUAGGCUGCCUGCCCGCCUCGGUAGUAGUGACAAUACAGUGUCAGUGUCAGCAUCCCGACCCCAGCCUCUGUUUACUGGCUUUGAACAGACCUUCCUUCCUUCCCUGUGCUUCAGAUCACCUCGGGUCACAGCCUUCUCCUUCCUGGGUUGCCUGGGCCGGCCCUGCAGCCUGCUGAGGGGUGAACUGAAACAAAACUAAACCCUGCUGGGGCCGGGGCGCUGGCGGGGCUCAGGGUCCAGCUGUCUCGGCACCCACCCUUGAGCCCUCCGCUCCGCGCUGGGGCAGGGGCUGGGCUGUGAGUGGAAACGAGGGCCUAACUGGGAGCAUCAGCUUGGAAGGCGGAUGGGGUUGCCGGCGGUCUUCAGAAAGCCGCUGCUCAGGUCAGCCUCGAUUUUGGCUCUUCUCUCCCAGCUGUUGCCUUGGACUGGGCUGUCCUUGGGCCUGUGUCCUGCAGAGCCCGGUUCUGUUAGGCUGCUUGGCCGGCAGCCCCUCCGCUCCCAGACCAGGCCCUCCUGCAGUCCUAACCAGGCAGCUGUCUCCCCUUCCAGGGCAUCCACCAGGCCACAGGGAGGACAAGGCUGCCAGUCUCUCGUCCAGUCCUGCCCGGCAGCCCCCAGCCUUCCCCAGCAGCCCCUCACUCUCCCUUCCGGCCCUGUCUACAGUGUGGAGCAUGUUGCCGCCCCAGACCAAGGCGGGCUCCUCUUCCAGGCCUGAGGCCUUGAGGUCUUGCUCCCAAACGCAUCACACGCACGCACGCCCUCCCGGAGGCGGCAGCUGCUCCGUAACUCAUCCGGCUCAUGUCCCACACUCUCACCAGCCCUGGCCGCCUCCCACCUCCUUCCCUCAUCACGUGACAAAGGAAAAUGCAAGGAAAGUAUUUUUAUGUAUCAUAAGUAUAUUUUGAAACAGAUAAGGAGAAGAAAGGUAGGAUGCUCGUUUAUUUUAUUAAAUGAGCUCGGACGUCGUACAGUGCAUGAGCGUUUGCAGUGUUAAAGGCCUGGGCUUCCCCGGAGAAGCCGCUCGGGGCUCCAGAUGCAGGUGUUGGGCUGUGGUUGUGUGUGUGUGUGCACGCGCGUGCAUACAUGUGGCACCUGCCUUGUGUGUCCGUGUGCGUGCACACACCCGUGUACGCGUUGCACAGGCACUGUGGGAAUUGCUGGGGCAAUUCUUAGAGUUGCAGCUGCCCGAUUCCAACAAACUGGCAGCAGCUGGACUUGGCAUCCCCUUGCUCACUGCCAGAUGUGGCCAACCUCUGCCCAUGCCCAAAGCUCUGCAGAACGAUCUGGAUCCCUGUAGCAAGGCCGUUUCCCUGUGCCCUUGGCCCGGCUAGUCACAUUGGCCAAAGAGCCAGGGCUGAAGCCCGGGACCUUUCUCUGGCUGUUCUUUAAGGCCCCUCCCGCUGCCCUCGCCCUCAGAUGCACAAACCUUUUGUGCUCCGAAUCACGUGGGGGGAGGUGGCGGGGGGGAUGAUAUGAAUGUCACAGGAGGAGACACCUUCUGUCUUUGUUUCAAAGAAAGUGAUGUGCCAUUUGUUAAUAUACAAGAGAAAUAUUGAAAAUAUAUUGAAAAGAGCAAUUUUAAAUUA